GACGGUGAAUUAAUUUCGUACAAAGUUUACUACGUCAGAAAUAAAUUAUUAGGGGCCUUAAUUAAGUCAUAGUAAAACGAAAACGGGUGGAAAAUUCUAAAAGUAUUUGCUCCGCUCGCUUAAAGACGCGCUGUUUGUGCGCUUAGGCUUUACAACAGUAUAAAUAUGGAUAAACUACUUGAGGCUAUUGAAAUUUUGGAACAAUCUAGCAUCGCAAAAAAACGGAGUUCUUGGUUUACGGAACGAGUGUUCACACAAAACAUACAGCAUCACAUUUGGGAUCGUGAGUCCGGCCUUAAUCGCUAUAACAGGCGCGGUCGUAUACCUGAACUAACGCACACUCUUGAAUUUUACAAAAGUAUUACACCCAGAUUAAGUAUAUUGGGUGUUGGCUCUUCGUUGGGAUUCAUAUGUAGGUUUUCGCCGGAUGGUAAUCUGCUAGUGUGCAUCUCAUGUGAUUUCAACUCCGUUUGGGUACACAAAUAUAAGGGUGUGCAUGCAGUAUUAGAAUCAGUGCACGGUGUAAAAGACGAAGGUGUCAAGGCUAGUGCUGAUACUGGCCGGUUACUCAAUGAAAAACUGUUUCAUCUACUUUGGAAUAUACCACUCUUUGCCGCAAACAAUACGCAUUGGGUUGUAAUCCGUGACUUUUGCCUUUUUGUCGAAAAUGGUCGUUAUGUGUUAAUGGCUGCCAAGGCCUGCAGCCAUGGCCGUCAUUUUACGCGCGAAGACUAUCUCAAUUAUCCAGAUUUAUUUGACGACGUUGAAAUGUUUGAUUUUACAUUGUUUGUGAUCGAUUUAGUAAAGGGCCGCAUCAGCGAUGUAUAUCAAUUUCGCGAUUAUGUGUUUGUGACGACGCAUUAUGGUAUCUCAAUUAUGGGAAAUAAAGUGGCGAUUUUAUCAUUUUGUCGCCAAAUUAUCGAAGUAUUCGAACUGCAAGAUGGAAAACUUGUUAGCCAAUUUGUAGUUAAUAGGGAGCAAGAAACGUUGAGAAGAGAGACACUAAUAAGUGCCCUACAUACAAAUGGAGUGCCGGAGCCAAUGAUAAAAGGAUUACUGUCGCAGAUAAAACAAAAGUGUUUCGCUAGCAUGUACAGGGAGAUAAUCGAGUGUCAUGAAGGGAGGGAGAGGCAGAAACGUUUGCGUCAAUUCUACAACGAAUUUAAUGUGUAUGAUCAUAUGAAAAUGGCAAAAUCGCAGUUCAUUAAUGAAGAUACAUUGUUUAUACGAUUUGAAGCUACAAAAAUGAGGCGAUAUGUUUUAAUUAACUCAGGUCAGGUAUCCGUGGAGGAGCUUCCUAACUUCAAGUUGUACGUAUUUUACUCGCUAUCGGAAGACAAAGUUUUAAAAUGUUAUCACAAUGACUCUGUGGAACUGUUCAAUAUUCGUAAAAACUUUUACGACAGCUUUCGAACUGAUCGAUCAUUGCAGACAGGCCGACCAGCGUCAACGCUAAGCAAUAAUAUAUAUUUUCGUUCAGGAUAUGAUAUUUAUUUUAAAGAGCUGGGCGAUGAAAAACUUGCUGCUGAGCGUCUAAAUCCCUCAUUGCCAGUAAAUUGCCAAACCACCAUUUGUUCACCCUAUUUUGACGGCAACAUGUUUAAAUUUGAUGAUCGAUACAUAUCACCAGCGAUGCAACCAAAAAAAAUUUCCCCGAAGCCAAUACGUUUUAGAGAUCGUUAUACGUCUGUAAUGAAGUUUCGCCUGCAUAUGAAUAUAUCCCGCAUCAAUAAGACUAGAUGUCCACAAUAUUGUUCUUUUAUUUUCCAUCCAUAUGAACCGUUUAUAAUAAGUAUACAGCGGAUAGAUCGAAAUUAUGUUGUUAAUUUUCAUUUGUAUUGUGAAAGCACUGUUGUUCCACCCGGAAAGAGAAUUUACAGUGAGCAUUUCUUUGUAGACGAUGAAGACAAGGUGAACAAGGUAAAAACAUUGUGAAUGCAAUAUGUGAUGCAAACAAGAAAGAUAAAAAAAAAUACUGAAUAUGGUAAAACUUUUUGUAAAAACAACGUAGUACAAUUACUUGACAAAAAACAUAGAUACAUUUUAGAAUAUACAAAGAGAAGAGGGGCAAGUAGUACGAAAAACAUACUUCCAUUUAAAAUUUUUUCUUCUUGACAUUUUGUUAACGAAAACUGAUAAUGUUUAAUUAUAUGUAGGUAUAAAAAUUUUAAUAAUUUAUAUAUUUAUAUUUAUAUAAAAGUAUUUCGAAAAAAGAAUCCUUACUGCAAACCAUGUAAAAUUUGCUUGUAAGUAGUUUUUUGCUUCUCAAUUGUACCUCAGGGAAAUAAGUAUACAUACAUACAUACAUAUGUGCAUUAACUUAAUUUGAAAUAAAACUACUAGAAGUGGUCCUUCGUAAUAAUGAUAAGUAACAAAAAAAAAAAAAACGGCCUUAUUUCUGCAUGUUGAAAUAAAAAUCAAA